GUAUUAAUAUUGCUAUAUCUAUCGGUCCAGGCCAAUUCCCGCCUCUUCGCAGUGGCGCUCUCGCCCAACCUUCUGCUAUUUGCUGUCUAUCUAGCUAUCUCUCUCUAGUUUAUCUAACCUUCUUUCUUGUCUAUCUAUCAUCCCCUUGACGAUCGAGCUUCCUCGAAGUCGGCUCUCUUCUUGUUCCAAUGCGAUAGUGUCUUAUUCCUUAUUUCCUGCCGGCAUCCCGUCGACCCCUUUGAUUGGCAAGGCAUCCAGCUGGGCCAACCGGUUUUUUCGUUGUCUUUUCGUCCCUGGGGCCGCUUCCUUGAUGGACUUUGAGUGACGCGUCCGGAUCUCUCGCAAUCUCACCUUGUCACGACAACAUCGAUCUUUAUAUCCUAAUAGAAAUACAUCAUGGCUUCCUCGUACAACGCCGUCUCUCAAAUGGACCACGAGGUUGCCUCCAAUGCAUCCGACUCGGAUUGCUCGAGGAGCUCUUCGCGUGAGCGGCAGAAGGACAACGCUUUCAGACCUUUGUCACUGGACCUGUCUAACUUAGGCGGGGGCGAUUUCAUGGACGCAGCCAAGUCUACUCAGGAUUCUCGGCUUAGUCGGCUGGGUUCGAUAAUGCACCCCGCGACCCCCGCGACCACCGCUGCCUACGAUAUGCUCGAUGAGGACGACUACGAAAUUGCGGAAGCCUCUCCACCAGGCCAGGAAGAGGAGUCGCAUGCGGAGCCCCCCCACCGCAUCCUUACGGCUGUCGAACCAUCACCACGUCCUCUGUCCCCUGAGGAGCCGACCCUGCGUUCUCCAUCCAGCGACCAUCCUGUUCCUCUAAGCCACCCUAUACCGGAUCUGCAGUCACUGCAAGGAGCCUAUGUGGGCAAUGUGGAGAGAUUGGAAAAGAGCGCUGCGCGCUUGAGCAUGAGCUCCACGGACAUCGGGAGUGAGAUACGGAAGAUGGACCGGGAGCAGAAGAGACGCUCAUGCAGCACCGCGUCGAACUCAACUCAGAUUAGGAAUGGCGCCUUCUCUCCACAAGCCCAUUUUUCAUCACCUCGGGGCUCGGUUCGAUCGUCCAGGACUCGUUUGCGAUCACCUUCUGCGUCACGUCUGACGCAGCUUGCUGAGCCUGAUGGCGAAGAAGAUGACGACGAUUCUGAACGCGGAUCUCCUAUCUCACCUAUUCUCCCUCCGAUUCACCGUCAAAUACAGGAAGAGCAUAGCUCUGUAUCCAAUUAUGACAACUUCUCAAACGUCGACCUUGGAGAAUCAGCAGACAGGCCUGCAACGGCUGCCUCCGGUGAUACAUAUCAGCAGGCGAGGGUUCUAUUCCGCGAUUUUGACGGAGUGCAUUUCGUUCACCAUGAAAACAACCUGGGCGUCUCCCUAACGAAACCACCCCUUGCAACUAGAUCAGAGUCGUUCAAAGAGCCUCGGGUAGGGGAAGAUAUGAUAUACUACCCAGCUCCGGUUCCAAUGAUGUUGAAUUUACCCCCUCGGCUGUCCAAGAAACCCGCUUCGGACCAGAGAUCUGUGUCUGAGCGGGAGAAUCGGCAAACCCAGGUUUCCAGUUCUACCCAUCUAGAAAAUAGAAAGUCCGCGGCCGUCCCUCCAACAGAGCUGGAUCAAGAGGCAACCGAUAGCAGACUCAGUAAACGACUGACGAAACUGCCUCCGCACCUGCGCGCGAGCGCAUUAUUCGACAGACCAGCCGCACGAGUUGAGCUGGAGGUCCAACAUGCGUCUCCCGUUGCAACUCUUGACAGUAUUCUUGAUGCAUCCGCCCAUGCCCCAGUAACGGCCUUUACCGACCAUCCUUUUGUUGGGCGUGAGGGUGCGAACGUAUAUAAGAAAUCGAAGGGCAAGUCAUCAUCGGCGAAUACUGCUCCAGUGAAUGCCACUCGAGAUAAUGCAGAACAGAAGAAGAAAAACCGCCUAUCUAAAAGUCCAUUUGCACUGCGUCAUCUACCCAAGAGCACAACUGCACUACUUUCGAAACCAGAGGAGACACAUGAAACUACCUCUUUACGUCGCUCAGGUGCCAGCCAUCAUGGAGACCACAGCUCAUCCGAAAACUCCGACGACGAUUCAGGUGAGUCAUCCUCAUCAGAAGAGGAAGAGACAGGGGAAGAAGAAAGGGGAAUGGAACAUGCGGAAGAAGAAGAAGAAGAAGAAGAAGAAGUAGUAGACUACAUAGGGCCUCCGAGCACCCUCCUUGCAGAACUCCAGAAGAGAAAGUUGGAACUCCAGCAACGCCGGCGUACUGCUGCCGUCUCCAAUGGAAUGCAUUCUACGCUUCUACAGCUUGAGGCCGUGGCUCAGAAGAAGAGCGAGCAGAGGCGACAUAAGCGAGUAACACUAGCUUGGGAAGAUCCAGAUCCCCAGGGUGAAGACUCUGACGAGGAUGAGGACGUUCCUCUCGGCAUACUCUACCCGGAGAGAAACAGACGUGCGGAUGAAGAUCGGCCCAUUGGUCUUCUACAAAAGAAGGAGAUGGAGGAGAGCGAACCUUUGAGCAGGCGUCGUGCCAGGCUUCGGGGUGAACCGCCACCCAGUCCGGUGAGGCGUGCAAGCACUAUGCCAGCUGGGCAGUUUGAAACCGGAAGUGAAGACGACGAAGGGGAGACCUUGGCUCAACGUCUCAAGCGUCUAAAGAGUGAAAACCGGACUAGCACCGUCACAGGAAGCGAGUUCACCACCGAAGUCCUAGCUGAGAUAGACACCAAGAUUGGCAAUAGUGAGAAGGAUGGAGGUGAUGCGAAGAAGGAUGAAGAGGCACCAAAGGAAGAACCGAAAGAGGAGACGCUAGGUGAGCGUCGGAGACGACUUCAAAUGGAGGCGAAAAUGCAGCAAGGGCAGGGCAUGGGUCAGAAAGCUCCCAAGGCUCGACGAAGCAUGGCAGAUAUUCUUCAGGAAUAUCCUCUCAAACCGGAGCCCAUGCAGGGGCCUGAUCGAUCUUCACGCCUAGAUUACCCGUAUCUGAACGGUCGACGGGGACACGAGUCGGUACCAAACCUGAUGUCGACCUAUCAGUUUCCAUCCAACUUCGGGUACCAGGGAGCUGCGGUUAACCGGCAUUCGCAAUAUGCCAUGGCCAAUCCAUAUGCACAUGGCAAUUACAAUACAAGUGCUCUUGUCUACAAUAAUCCCCUUGCAGCCAUGGGCCAUCAUCAAUAUGGCCGUGGUGUGCCGUACGGGUAUGGUGCCAAAAUUAGACCACAGAUCGACCCCAGUCAGAGGGACAUGAUCGACCGCUGGAGACAAAGCAUCAUGAGAUAGUUAGUUGGUUAUUUGAUUUUUUUGGUUUAUUUACAUUCGGUUUUUUUUUUAUUUUUUAUUUUUUUUCUUGCUGCUUUCAGUUGGUUCCCUGGUUAUUACGUCGUACUAUACUCUAUGCCCAUGAUGGAAUUCUUGACAUUAUUAGCACAUAGCCUACAUAGCUCCUUUGUGAUAUCCCCUCGCAGGUUACACUGAAUUUAUUUUGUACACAUCUUUUGCCAAUCAGUCAUGCAGCUAUGCUGGUUGGAUGUUGUAGGAUUAAGAGUGGCUCUGCAGGUUAGAACCUUGAAACAGAUUGAGGCUUGUCGAUGGAUAAAAAUAAUAGCCGCUUUU